AUGUCAAUGCAACUUUGGAAAAGGCUUGAAAUUACUGCUUAUGAACCCAAGCCAAAAGAAUAUAUUUAUGAUAAUGACGAAGAGUUACUGGGCAAGGAUGAUGAGGAACUGUCAAAAAAUUCCUGGGACAAGGAGGUCUUUUCACGAAUAUUGGACAAAUUUUGUGGUGCAUGCUUAGCAUUCUGGAAAGCAUUAGACUGA